UGUGACCAUAAAAUCAGCGAGAACUGGAGACGUUGUCUGUUUUCAAGAGGAAUUAUCAAUGUAUUUGCUUUUAGUAUUAUCAUUGGCAAUCCCAAAUGUCAUAAGCUCGCCGAUCCCAGAAGAGCUGCAAAAACCGCAUUUCCAGGUGGAACACAAGGCCGGUGUACUAGAUAUCAAGGCAACUAAAGAUAAAGCUGACGUGGACGUCACAUCUGAUACGAUCCGAUUGGUCGUAGAGCCGGGUGACAGGCAGAUUCCAGUGGCGGACGUCCCGCCAGAAACUAAAGUGGUCCACGUAGAAGGCUAUCAGAUGCCAAUCAACAUGGCUUGGCGGAAGAGAGAUGGCCUCCCGCUCAGGCUGAAUGAUAAGAUGUAUGAUAUCAAGUCGCCAAGGAUACAUUACAAAAAUCCGGAGAACAAAAUGGGAGAACAUUGAGAGACGGAAGACGGAAUAUAUCUAUAUCUAUAUAUUUUUUUUAGGGGUGGGGGGUGGGGGAGGGAGCAAGCUAGCUAAAGGCGUGGAUGAGAUAAUUUCCUACGGUUUCGUAAGGUUGAAUAAAAGUGUCUACUUGUUCCAAGGGGAGGGAAUGAUGAAGAUAUUUUUCGGCUUUUUUUUUGCAGACCAAUGGAGGGAUAUAGGGGCUUAGUCGUGUUAUCUUUAGCGUGUGCUUUUGAGGGAUUGGAAGGAGACGGUUGGGGAUGAAGGAGGGCCUAACCUUCAUAUUUAUGUUUGUUUCGAGUCGAACAAAAUAACACAGCAGUUAAAGUACGAUGCUUUUAUUUAUCUGUUUGUUAGAGAUUUGGAUAUAGAAAAUAAGAAGAUAAGAUAAGCAAAGCGAGCGCUUAUACAAAUUGUUUAAGUAUAAAACCAACUGAAAAUAUGUUAAGGUUCUGCAACAACUAUUGUCAGACUAACAAAACUAGAUGAAGAGGGUGAAGUUUAUUCUGAUCACAUUCCGGCAUUGACAAAUAUCCAGUAAAAGUAUUCAAUUUUCGACUAUUUCGAAAUGUUUUUUAUCUUCUUAUUUUACAAAAAUACGUUAAAAGAAAACGUCUAAUAUUGACAGGUAUCGCAUAUUUGACACGAGUAGAUACUGCGACCCAUACAUUUCAUGCAACGCUGUGUGAAAAAACACAAAAAAAAGCAAUAAAUAUUUUACAGCGCAACCAGUAAAACCGUGAAAACCACCCAAAGGUACCUUUGGGAGCGCCCGCAAAGUACGCUACGAUGACUCGCGAGAUAUUCAAACAGUCAACUAGAAACAUGUCUUAACAAGUGACAGUAGUAUCUAAAUUCUCGCGUCUGAUUUAUCAGAAGACAAUUAAUAUUCCACGCAUAUUUUACAGUCCCGUAGCCAGGAUUUUGAGCGGGGAGGUUCGUUUACCCAUUUAGCGGACCAUUUUCUGGUCCCCAUUUUCUGGACCUUGUAGUCGAGUGGGAAGUUUUUCCGAACCCACGAACCCUCCUCUGGCUACGGACCUGUAAAUUGUUACGUUCACAGUUUUUCUGGUGUGCUGAUAUAUUAAAAUCGAAAUGAAAUAAAGUUAUGUGAGGUCAGUUUGUAGCAAAGCUCAACAUUAUGAAAAUUCAUCAUUAUGGUCAUAUGGUGAUGACUGUAUCAUAGUGGCUUUAGUAGUGCUUAUUGUGAUGGUGAUGAUGGAAACAAUAAAUGAUUGAUGAUGGUGGUA